AUGCAAAACUCUUAUUCGUGUAAAAAGAUUUUGAAAAAUAUUUCUAUAGCCAGACGAUCGUUAGAUGAUGUACUCAUGAUUCAAAAGUGUGGCAUAUCGGAGGUGAUACCAUUAAAAUAUCAUCCAGAUAAAAAUAAAGAUCCAAAAGCUGAAGAACAGUUUCGUCAAAUAGCCGAAGCCUACGAUGUACUCGGAUCGGAAGAUAAACGUCGCCAAUACGAUUCACUUGGACAUCAAGGUUAUACUUCACACGGUAGUCAAGGCGGUGGUGGUGCUCAUUCAUCGUUCCACUUUAAUAUGAACGAUUUUUUCAAAAAUUUUGACGAAGCAUUUCAAUCUCAUCAUCAACAACAUCAAGAGCAUCAUCAACGUGCCCAUCAACGUGCUCACCAAAAUGCAUUUAAUUUUGGUUCCGGGGGAUUUUUUGAUUUCAAUUCGUUGUUUGAUGAUGAUGAUUCGGUCAUGAAUGGUGGUGAAGAUAGUUUUUUUGGUGGUGCAUUUCCAUCAUUUGGCGGUUUUGGUGGUGGAGACGUGUUUGGUGAUAUGGGUGGUAGUCAUGUACAUGUGCAGCAUUCAUCGUUUUCUCGUAGUACUAGUGGUAGUGGACAAAAGUGCCAUACAGUAACGAAAAAACAAGAGUUAUCUACAAUGAAUGACACUAGCACACGUUCAUCGAGAGAAAAGUUGAGCUUUAUGAAUAAUGGUCAAAUGAUCGUUAAAACAGAUUUAUCGUCUUUAUUAACUGAUUAUAGUAAAAAUCAAAGACAGUAUAAUGAUCGAAUUCAAUCAUUAGAACGUGAGAUGACCUUGUUAAGAACAGAAGUUAAGAAUGCAUGUACAUCACAAUCUUCACAGGACACAGAUAAUGAAUUAAAUCGUACAUAUUCAACAAAAAUUCCACGUUCAUCCUAUCACCACGAGAAGCAUGUCCAGCAGCAGCAGCCACAACACCAGAAUGAAGUAAAAUCAGCCAGAACUGCUACUUCUUCUCUUCAAUCAGCUCGUGUAACGAGUCCGUCAAGAAUACCCUUACCAAUCAAAUCAGCUGUUGCACGUAAACUACCGAAUAAUGAAUCGUUGAAUCAAACACAGCAUAAAACACAUCAAUUUAAUAUUUCUAAUACGCAUUCAGUUGACGGAUCAUUUUCACGUGUUUUACCACAGUUACCAUCGAGAAGCAAAAGUUUUAAUAGUAUAGAUCGAAAAUCAAACACGAAUCAAUCCACUACGUCGUCUACUACAACACUACAGAAAUCAUCGACAACAACAAGUAUUUCGAAUACUAACAUGCAUCCGCAAUCAAUAUCAGCGAUGGACGAAGCAAAUCUAAUACGUUCAUAUAACACUUAUGUUGAACAACUAUUGAAAAAGGAUAAUCAAAAUAGGCGAUUAGCAGAAUUACGUAUACCGAAUUAUACUUCUAUCGAAGAUGUUAUUAGAACCAAUGAGGCAAUUUUGGACAAUGAUCGUUUACGGACUGAGUUAAGUCGUUUAAAAACUGAAAGUAUACUACUUUUGCGAACAAUGAAAUCACCUGGUUCAGAUAAUAUCGGCAACGACAAAAUUAGUGCUGAUCGAGAACGUCAAGAAUUAGUUGUGGAAUUAUCUCGUCAGGUAGAAGAAAAUAAACGUUUAAGAAAAUCCCUUUUAGCUCAAUCUGCCAAAUAUUUGACAUUAAGACAUACGGGUAAUAUAUUACCAAAUGAUAGUCAUAGAACAUCACCGGAUUUGUUGCCACAACAACAACAACAACAACAAGAUAAGACGGAUAUGAAGACGAAUUCAAAAGUGACUAAUAUGAAUAAUUCCAAUAAUGGAAAUAUACAUCGUGCAAAGACUUUCUUUCAUUUAAGAGAUAAUCGUGAUACUGUAUAA